AUGGCCAUCUACUCACGCCUCCAUCUCCAUCGGCUUGCAAUUGAAGAAUCUGUUCGUGUCCAGGAAGUCCCAUCGACCCAGAUUGAUUCUCAGUCUCGAUUAAAUAAUUAUGAUUUGGUGCGUCAAUUAGACAUUUACAAAGAAAGAAGACUGCCUGUACGAUCGCAAGUCUUGCAUUACUUUGACAAUCAUCUUUAUGCUGGUGUCUGGCCGGGCGAAGUCUUGGUCUUCACUAAUGAACUGGAAUUCAAGGAAAGGUUUCAAGUAACUGACCAAGAAAUUUCAAUAAUCACUACUUUCCAAAAUAAGCUGAUUAUUCUUCAGGCUGAUGGUCUUCUUACCACCAUUCAUAAUAAACAUGGGCAUUCAACACAGAUAGAAGGGUUUGCUCGAGGCGUCUUCCAUUCUUUUCUGCCACUUGUGUUGGCUCAAACCCAAACCGGUCUGGCGCUGUAUGACUUUCAGGAAGACAAAGUCCUUUCCAAUAAUCCACUGCUAACUAGUCGGCCCAUUGCUGUUCAUCCUGCUGGGGCUACUUUACUCCUCUCUAGUCGGGCUGGAACUUCUCUGCUUGAUCUGCGCACUGAACAGGAAGAGGUAAGUGUUCCGCAUCGAGGCACCCUGCUUAAUGGACGCUUUCUAAGUUCUGGCAAUGAACUUGUGAUGUCUUUGUCUAACAAAAGACUUACUACUCUAGAUAUGCGUAAACUUGAAGCUCUUUCUGUUACUAAAACCCGAAGCCGACCAACAGUCCUGCACGAAUUCCACAACUCAUUAGUCUAUUCUGGUGUGGAUCUUUACACUCGCUGUGUCUGUCCCUUCACAAACCAGUCUCUUUACGCAAUUCCUAAUGAGUCUCUGGCGAUUACUAACUCAGCCGAUACUCUCUUUCUGUCUUCUGCACAGGUCAGUCUUAUCUCCAUAAAACCCAAAGAUAGCAAAGACUAUACUUCCGACCCAACCAACAGUAUAACCAGUAUAUAA